AUGAGCACGCUACCCUCUCCGACUGGGACGCUGGUGUUGGCCCUGUGUCAAACUGAAGCCCUUCAACGUCGCGCCAAGCAGAGCAUUGAGACCAUCGAACGCCUCCAAUUUGAAAACGAAAAGCUAAAGCGUGAAGUCAAGGAGUUGCGUCAGGCACGUAGAGACGAAACUCCGAACCUCUCCGCCCAACUGGAUCAAUUGUUCAGGCAGGACGCAGAAAAGCAAGCCGAGAUCGAUGAAUUGAAGUUGAAACUCCGCUUGAUCCAGGCCAGGGAAAGAAAAUGGCGAUUACAGAACCACUGCAUCUCUUCACCGACCAUCUCUUCCGACGAGCCAGAGGCAAGCACGCCGGCAUCAGUGUCACGAAAACGGCCUCGCAGCGAGAAUCCGGACGCGCAGAGGCCACUGCGAGAGAUCUCAGCCAAUGCUGCCCCCUCCCAUCCCCCUCCCCGGUCUAAGAGAUUGAGUGACAGAGGAGCAGACGCUAUCCCAGCUGUUGCAGAGGACGGCGAGGACUAUCACCGGAGCAGGUCUGAUAUAACCACUGGACAAGUGUUCGAGGAUGAUCAGGCCAACUGCCCCCGUCACCGAUUACAGGCGUUGCUCUCAGCCCCCGCACCUGUCACUCCACUGCUUCCGCGUCCUGACCGCAGCUUCUCUACUGCUUCAACGGCUCCUUCGCGAGUGCAGGAGAAAACUUCAAGUCCGCUGCAACCUGCCGCCGAGGCCAAUCCGGCAGGGAACGGCAGCGCUCGUCUUCAGCGGCUUCCUGGCCGAUCGAAGAAGCCAGUAGCUCCUGAGGAUGACGAGCCCUUCCGCGCCCGGCCAGUCAGCCGGCUGAACCGCUCGCAUUUUAGGAUCAACCCAAUGUAUACUGGAGGCUACGAUUAUGCCUACGACGAGAAUUUUUGCGGUCGGGAGGCGAGAAUGGGUCAUUCUGGAUGUACACGAGCUGAAUGUUGCGGAGACAAGUUUAAGGCACUAGCAGCGACUCUUCCUGUUGAAAAUGACAUAUCAGAAGACGACCUGCUGCUCGAGUUCUUGGGGCCUGGCUCGGAGGCAAACAUACAAGCGUUGACUCCUCUAGCCAGAGAGAAGCUUAUACACGAAGCACGGUCGAAAAGACUGGCGAAUCUAUACGGGAAAAUGCACCGGGCGGCAUUCAAUCGUCCUCAGAGUCCGCCUGGAUAUUGGGACACCGAUAUGCCUGGGACUCAGGAGGAGCAGCACAACCGGGAGAAGGCCCGGCUGGGGGAGCGGGAAGAAGUGGAAAGUAGAUAUCAAGAUGCCAUGAAGGGAAAUGGCCGGUGGCUAUUUGCAGACGAAUGA